GACGCUAAACUAAACUCAAACAUGGCGCAGUGUAUGGUACUUAGCUAGGACGCUAAUGUAAAUAGCAUGUUAAUACAUUACGUUUUGCCAUAAAAACGCUCUGAACGGCGAUUUCAUCCUGGAAGAUGAUAGAUGGACAUUACGUAAAGGGAGUUAAUCUGUGUUCACUUAGCAUUUUGUUGUCUGUGGGCGUUUACUCACGUUAUUCCUCCGAACGCAUCCACUCCAUUAGCAUAUAUGCUAGCUUGAACAUUCACUAGCUAGCCAGCUGACUUGAUACGCAACACUGAAAGUUACUGAACGAACGCUACUUAUAUCGUUACCCAUGGCUUUCUAUGAAGUCUAUUCUCACCCAGCUUUUAUUCGGUACAAGACGAGUGUUUGCACGAAAGCCAGUCUUUUUCUUGUUGUGGUUUUGUGCCUUACCUACAUCGCGCCUCUGCUUGUUGCUUAUAGGAGCCAAGGUUUCUGGAUAAAAAGAAGCACCUAUGAGGAGCAACCGGUUGUGAGGUUCCAGUACCAGGCUCUGCUGGUGGCAGCAACAAGUUCUCUGGGAGACUAUGUAGCCUGGAGCACCUACCCCCAUCUUAACAAUAUGCUCGGGGCCAACCUACGGAUUCCUGCUAUCUCUGUGAGAGAAGAGGACCAAAACAAGGAUGGGAAGUUGGACCUCCUGAUUUUUCAAUUACAGCUACCCAUAAAACCUGAGGAACAGGUGUACAAUGUCCAGCUGCUGCUUACCUUCAGCUACCAGCUCUUUCGGAUGUCCACAGUGGUGAUGCAGAGCCUGGCCUAUGUGCAGCAUUCUUCUUCUGUCCCUGGAACUAAGCUGUUCAUCAGCGGAGACCUGAGGCUGCAGCAGAGGACACCCCUGCCUCACAGGGGACUGUACAACAUUUACAAUGUGUCAGUGAUUGAUGGCUCCAGCCCCUUUGCAAGUGCUUAUGACCUUGACAACAUAAUUAGGAGCUACCAGGAUAGAAACCUGACCACAACACUGUCCUGUCCCAUGCCAGUCUGGACUGUGGGACGAGCUGCUGGUUCUCCCUUUGAGCUUAAUGCUGAGAUCCGUUACCCUAUGGAGGUCAUUAGCUAUCGUCCUGGCUUCUGGGAAACCAUUAAAUUUGCCUGGAUCCAGUAUGUCAGUGUCCUCCUCAUCUUCCUCUGGGUCUUUGAACGUAUCCAGAGAUUUGUUUUCGAGAACCAGAUUCUAACCACCGUACCCAUACCAAUGGGAAAACCUCACCUGUCAUGAUUCAGUGGUAGUGCAUGGACCUUAAGGUUUCUUCGAAGGCCCUCCUCUACUGGAGCUAUAGUAGUUCUUGCCAUGAAAAAAUACAUUUCUUCAUUUUCUGCUGUUACAAGAAAUACAAAUUUAUAUUCAAAUUUUUUUUUUAUAUUUUGACUAGUUGUAUGUUUAUGACCAUUAGUGACAGUAGUUAAAUAUAUUUGCUGAUAUGUUCAUUAAUUUUUGUAUUGUACCUUGCUUUAGA